AUGUCUUCACCAAAUCUUGCUGUGUUAACAGCACUUGAUACAGCAAGAACACAAUGGUACCAUGUAACAGCAAUAGUAAUUGCUGGUAUGGGUUUCUUCACUGAUGCAUAUGAUCUCUUUUGUAUCUCAACCGUUUCGAAACUUCUCGGUCGUUUGUAUUACUAUGAUCCAGCAAGUGGAAAACCAGGGAAAAUCCCUGACCCUGUUAACAAUUUUGUCAUAGGUGUUGCUCUAGUUGGAACUCUAAGUGGUCAACUUUUUUUUGGCUUUCUUGGUGAUAAACUUGGUCGAAAAAAAGUUUAUGGAGUAACUCUUGUACUAAUGGUUAUUUGUGCAAUUGGUUCCGGCCUUUCAUUUGGGGCUAGUGCAAAAUCUGUCAUUGGAACUCUUUGUUUCUUUAGAUUCUGGUUAGGUUUCGGUAUUGGUGGAGAUUAUCCUCUAUCUGCUACGAUCAUGUCCGAAUAUGCUAAUAAGAGAACCCGCGGUGCAUUUAUCGCUGCGGUAUUUGCCAUGCAAGGUGUGGGUAUAAUUGCGGCUGGCUUAGUCUCGAUGAGUUUAUCUGCAUUAUUUCUGCAUAUGUACCCAGCUCCAGCUUUUACUGACGAUCAUGUUCUCUCGACCCAACCUCAAGCAGAUUUAAUGUGGAGAAUUGUUCUUAUGUUAGGUGCUUUACCUGCAAUAUUAACUUACUAUUGGAGAAUGAAAAUGCCUGAAACUGGUCGUUACACUGCGAUAAUCCAAGGAAAUGCUAAACAAGCAGCAGCUGAUAUGGGACGAGUACUUGAUAUCGAAAUACAAGCAGAUGAUGAGAAGUUAGAGCAGUUUAAAUCAUUUAACAAUUAUCCCUUAUUGUCUAUGGAGUUUCUCCGUCGACAUGGUUUACAUCUUUUGGGUACAACAACAACUUGGUUUCUGUUAGAUAUUGCCUUUUACAGCCAAAACUUAACCCAAAAAGAUAUCUUCCCUGCCAUCGGUUUAACAAAAGAAGCUGUCGAUAUUAACGCUCUCCAAGAAGUUUUUGAUAUCUCAAAAGCCAUGUUCAUCAUUGCCAUGUUCGGAACAUUUCCAGGAUACUGGUUCACAGUUUUCUUCAUCGAGAAAAUCGGUAGAUUCAUAAUCCAACUUGUUGGUUUCUUCAUGAUGUCAGUAUUUAUGCUUAUUAUAGGGCUCAAAUAUGACUACUUGAAGAAGGAUCACCAUAGAUUGUUUGCAGCCCUUUACGGAUUGACUUUCUUUUUUGCAAACUUUGGGCCAAACAGUAUUACAUUUGUUUUACCAGCUGAGCUUUUCCCAACUAGAGUUCGGUCAACAUGUCAUGCUCUGAGUGCAGCCUCUGGGAAAGCUGGAGCUUUGGUUGGAGCCUUUGGUAUACAAAGUUACACUUUGGGCGGCAAUACUAACAAGAUAAAGAAGGCUAUGAUGAUUUUAGCAUUCACAAAUAUGCUUGGGUUCUUUUUUACAUUCUUAGUACCGGAAACAAAAGGACGAUCACUCGAAGAGAUAUCAGGAGAAGAUGGUGGCAGAGAUAGUAGUGAGGAUCAUAGCACUGUCACUGAAAUGGAGGAGAACAAGAAUGCAAAGACGAUGGGAUUGUAA